AUGCCACGGCCCCCCCUUGCCUCGGUGGAUGACCUAUGUCUUUCCGCCAUUGAAAGAGUCUCUAUGGAACCCGCUUCCGCCGCCCCACGUGGGGGUAAAUUGAAGAGCGCCUGUGAUUUAUGCCGUGUUCGAAAGAUUCGCUGUGACAGAGUCCAGCCUGCCUGCGAGAACUGUCAUCUUGCAGGACUCCCAUGCAUUUUCACACCGCCACCGACUCAGCGGAAGGGCCUUAAACAGGAGCUAGCUGACUCUCAGGCGCGGGUCAAGGAACUAGAAGCAGCCUUACGUGCAGCGCAGGAGUCCACGAGUCAUAGUGAGAAUGUCCUACCCGUGCCUCUGGCCAGAAGCUUUCCAUCAACCCCGGAGAGUCUCACUACUCAACCACCUGCCAAUAUGAAUUUCGUGCCCGAUACACAUGAUCUUGACGCUGCAUUGGCGGCGUUCCGGUGGCAUCUCGACUAUUGUGGACUUGGAAGCGCUCUUUCAACUACUAGAGCAGCCUUUUCUUCUGAGGUUCAGCGGCGUACGGGGUGCUCCUUUGAUUUGGAUGAUUUUGUCUCUGAUUUGGUUGAAACGUUUCAUUCGCGAGGUCUCAAGUCUACCAGGCUAGCAACUACUGCGAAAUGGCCACCAAUCUCGUUGGUUCAGCAAUGCGUCAAAUACUAUGCAAAAAGUGGACUCUACUCACUUUUCCCGUUUGCAGAUGCCGAUGCGCUGCAGAUGCUUCUUGACGCUAGCGUCUUGAGCCAUCCACAAUCGACUCGUGCUGCCAAUCGAGCAUGCGGCGCUCUCUCCUCCCCAGAGGUUCUCAUGGAGACCCCCGAUUUGAGGACAUUGGAAGCAAUUAAGAUGAUGGCCAUCUAUAUCUGUCCCCUUGGCCAACCUCAGUCGGCAGAACCUUUGCUGGGAAUGGCUGUGCAAGUGCUCUAUAACUUGGGCGGGCACAAAGUCAGAGCAUCUCGUGAGUUUCAGGGACGCCCUCAACAUAACCAGCAUUUACGCGCACUGUUCUGGCUCUGUUACGGCAUGGACAAAGAGUUCUCCAUACGCAAGGGCCAGCCUCCGCUAUUGAACGACGCCGAUUGCGAUCUAGAAUUACCUGCAAAAUAUGCCCUAAAACCCUCCGAAAAUCACUUCUACUUUAAGCCGUUGUCAUCUCAGGAGCUUCUUUACCCAUCAGAUCUUCGGUUCAGCUUAUUGAAAACAAAGAUCUUUCGGCUACUUUAUUCACGGGAGGGACAGGCACAUUCUGAGGCCCGACGCCUUCAACUUAUCCGUGAGUUGGAUGAUGAGCUGAGCGCUUUGAAGAUGGAAUACCCCGUGGAGUGUCGACCUGAUGCUUUCGCGACUCAGAGCGCCCCUGACUACCUGUUUCAUGACCUGAGUAUCCGGGGUGUCAGCAUCCACUUGGAGUACUACUACUGUCUCGGCAAGAUUCACGGAGCAAGUGAUCUCUACAACAUCCCCACAAUGCAAAAUUGGUCACCACUCCCGUCCAGCGCUGAAAUCUGCUACGAGGCAGCGCGAUCUACGCUCAUAUACAUGACCCGCGUCCAGCAUUACGUAAAUUAUCAUACUUUCUGGAUCCAUGCCCAAUUUGUACUAACAGCUACCAUUACUCUCUUCCGCUUUCUGAUUAUGAUGCCUCAUGCCUCGACAUUUGCUCGUGACAUUCGAAUACUCGAGGACGUGGCAGCCAUCUUUGCACAGUACAGCACGGGCGGCAAAGAUGGAAAAUGUUUCCCGCCAUUUUACCUGACCUAUUACUUCAUUCAAAAGCUCAUAUUUCUAGCAAAACGAUCUCUCUCCAAAUCCAUGGAACGUUGA